AUGAUAUUUAUAAAUACUCGACCCCUCGAUGAAGGAGUUCACUACGACCGCCGUCCAAGCAAAGCACCUUCACAUCAUUCAGUUCACAGUAUUCAUGCAGAGCCGCCAAAAAGAGUACACAUGAGCCGUGUUGCAUUCUGUCUGUUGGUAUUCUAUCUUCUGGUCAGUGCCGUACCCGUUCUACUCCACUAUCCCCUAUCGUUGGUAUCUUUGACUGUGCCUUGCCUCGUCGUCCUCUAUGCUCUUUGUCACAUCAACUCUGAAAACAGAUCCGAUUACUGGCCGUGCUGUCUUGUAGCGAUUGUUGGAAUACUCAUCAAAACUGCUGCCAUUAUCAUAUAUAUCGCCAUAUUUCCGUUCAAAGACGAUAUGAAGAAGGUAGCCCUGAUUCCAGUUCGACUUCAAUGUAAGUUGUUUCAAACUGAAAAGUUGAAAGCUUAUCGGUUGUUGUUCUUUAUAGUGCUUACAGCACUCGAAAUCUUCAUACUCCUUGUUGGUAUAUGUCUUAAAUGGCAUUUGGUGGCAUUUGAAAAGUCUAACGAGACGAGCACCCAUAAGAGGGUAAGUUUUAUAAGUUACCAGAAAUUAGUUAACUCCACAAAAAGGAAAAAAAGAGGGGAGGGAUUUAUGCCCGGGCGGAUUACUGUACUCGCCACACCUGCCUUAUGUCGUAGAAAUUCGAUGGUUGAUUAG